AUGCCCCGUCAAGGGCAUUUUCGUCAUUUUGCAUAUGGGUGUAUAAAAAGCAGCCGCUCCGGUGGAGGUAACCUACCCUUCCGCUCAUCCCGCACUCGCGCCGCACCCCUCUCCUCUUUCUCCCGACCGCACCCCUCUCCUUUCUGUCCCGACCGCGCCCCUCUCCUUUCUCUCCCGACCGCGCCCGCCUCUCCUGCCGCCGCCGCACCUCCUCCACCCGGCCAGCCUCCGCCCGCAACCUCCCCCCUCCUGUUUUUAGAAGAGAAGGGAAGGGAAGAGAAGAGGAAGAGCGAGCGGGUUAGGCGACGGGAAGGGAAGAGAAGAUGGAGAGCGAGCGGGUCAGGUGACGGCCAUGGCCAUGGUGCUCGCAGAUCCGCCGGCCCCGUCGUCGCCGCUGCGCUCGCAGGUUCCGUCUCUUCUGAGCUAUUAUUGCAGAUGAUAUUUGGUCCCCAUGGCUUCUACAAGGACCAGAAGCGUUUCUUUCAGCAGCAUCUCCUCUCGCCCAGCGAAGGCGGAAGAUGCAAGCGGCAGCUCCUCACCUAGCCGUAUGGUGAUGGAUUCAACGGAGAAGAGGAAGCAUGUUCCCUCCAUUGCCUGG